AUGGCCGGUCCGAAAGCCUGGCGGCCCCUGCGGCUCUCAGGAGAAGGCGAAUUGCCGCCUUUACUGGUUGCCUUUGAGACCAGGUUGUCCGACUAUUCUAUCCAGGUUACAGACAUGGCUCAUGUAUGGUUCGAGUCGAUGGAGAGGAAAGCCAUAUGCAUAAGAGCAUGGGGAGAAAACACGAGCAUCGACCCGAGUGACACGCCAGAGAAUAUGGGCAAGUUCCUCCAGACACUCCAGAGCGCCCUGGAUGAGGCGGCUCCUGGCUAUGAUGAAGCUAUGGUCACUCUUUCUCCCGGUUCAGUAGCAGACUCGGGAGAGGACGGCUUGAAACUAGUGACCAUCUGCCAGCUUCCUGGCUUUGAGCCUCUGAAAUGGCCAUUUCAUCUGAAGAAGUCGUCAUCCAUUGCGGUCGCGAACGAAUUCGCCAUUCCGCUUGUUGAGACUCUAUACUCAAAGAGCCGCCAAGUCGACAUGUUGCUACAGGCGUUGAAACACAAAGAUGGGGUGAUUGCCAAGCUCUCCGACAAGCUUGAAGCUACUGGCACAGGUUUGGAGCACGUUUUCACCGCGCUUUCAGGUCGCAAAAAGGUGACUAGAGAGGCUGCACAUGAUAAAAUAAGAGGCCUAGCUCCAUUCAACGAACAAAAGAUGAAUGAUGAGCUUCAGAACGACGCUGAUCGGCCUGGAGACGUGAUAGACCUAGUGCAGAGAGUCUUUGGCGGCACAACUACUCCAUCUGAUACAUCGAUGGCCCUCGCAUCAACCGGCCUAGACAGUUGGUGGCGUAGCUUCAGAAGCACGUCAAGUCUCCCGCAUCGCAGUGCUCCUGCAAUCGAGAGCCAGGCGGCUGCUCCAGACACCGCAGCACCGUCCUCGCCCCUAGACACCAACGACGUGACAAUGGGUGAGGAUGAUGACAAUGAUGACGAAUUUCAGAUUCAGUCUACUCCUCCACGCCUCAAACCAAAGAAGGACAAUGAAUCAACAGUUGCUUCUACAUCGUCAAAACAACAUUCGCCUUCAAAGGCCACCAAGAAAGAGCUCGGGUCUUCUCAAGAGUCGAAGCGAGCUGGGCGUAUCGGAGGGAUUGGGGGCAAGAAACAUGUACCACCUCCAUCGUCCCCCAAGGCAGUCAGUCCAGCGCCUCCUGGCUGCAAAGCAGCGGUGGCAGACGACGAUGAGACCGCAUCAGAAACUGCUAGUGACGUGGACGAGACUGCAUCUCUUCCUGACGACGACGCCGCCGCGUCAUCUCCGGCGGCGGCGGCUCCGUCUCUCUCGUCAGCCAAGUCACCUGCAAAGAAGAGCGGUCUGGGCCGUAUCGGUGGGAAACCGAAAUUACCACCAGUGCAUGAUUCAGAGCCUGCAGUGGACGGCGCUCCUCCUUCUACGCAUGUGCAUGCGGCAGCGAAGGCGGAGGCGGGCUCGGCCGCCCCCAGCAAGAGGCUGGGCGUCAUCGGUAAGCGGAUUGGAGGCGGUACAGCAUCGUCAGGAGACGCAGCAAAGGACGAUGCGCAACGCGGCCGUACAACCUCGCGCAACGCAUCGGCAGAGGCCGCAGAGGAGAGGAAAAAGGAAACCUCGCAGGAGCGUGCGGAUAGGAAACGAGAGGAACUGAAGAGGGAGCUGGAGAAGAAGGCAGCAGCUGGACCGGCAAAGAAGAAGAGGAGAUUCUGA